GAGAGAAACCAAAGAUUAACACAUUUUGUCUUAAAAAUCAAUUAGCAAACAAGCAAGCAAAAGCAACGAAGGAGAGAAAGGGGGAAAAAGGCGUAAGAGAGAAACGGUGCAGAAGCCCCCAAACCAGUCUGCCAUUUUCACUUUCAAUCCCUAACUCUGCUUCUCUUUCAAUCGAGUGAAAUGAGUGGUGUUCCGAAGAGAUCUCACGAAGAGGGAGGUGGUGGUGUGACUCAUCAAUCUUCCUCUUCAUCUUCAUCAGCCAAAUACCCUCACGACGAUUCUGGAUCUCCUUACCCUAAAUCCACUCCUCAUCCCUCUCCUGUUACUACUACUCCACCACCACCACAACCACCUGCUCAGUCUCAGUCUCACCACCACCACCAUCAACAGCAACCUCACCUUCACUCGAUCCCUCCUCAUCCCCAUUCUCACACACCACCACUUGCUGCUGCUUCUGCUUCGGCUCCUUCUCCUGGUUACGAGGUCGAAUCAAGAACCGUCAAGGGUCCGAGAAGUGAGCCUAGAGAUGGAGGAGGAGAGAGACGAUCUCCUCUUCACGGCGUGUAUCGUUCUCCGUCCUUACCAGCCUCGGUUUCUUCAAGUGAUCCUCAUUUGACUCACCCCCCUGUGACGUUGGAUGGUGCUAAGGAUGCUAGAGUUGAGAACAGGGACAGCAGGAGCGAUGGGAGAGAGAUAAUACAUGGUGAGUCCAAGAGGGAGAUUCAUGGUCCAAAGGGCGAGAGGGAUGCCAAGUUCGAGAGAUCAGGGGAUGACUUUGGAGGAAAAGGUAAUAAUACCGGAAGCUAUGCUAGGAGUGAUGGGAGAGGGGUAUAUGGUGAGACGAAGAGGGAGAUUCAAGGUCCUAAGAGUGACAGGGACGCUAAGCCUGAGCGUCUAGGGGAUGACUUUAGUGGAAAAGUUAGUACUGGAAGCUACACUAGGGAGAAUCAGAACUACAGUGACCAGAAGGGAGAGGUUAAGAUGGAAAAGGAAGGGCAUGUUUCUCACGUGCCUUGGAAGGAGCAGAAGGAUUACCAUAGAGGGAAGAGAGCUGAAGGUUCGAGCGCUAAUGUGGAGCCGUGGGUUGUAUCCCGUGGCAAUCCUCAGGGAUCAACGGAGGUCGGGGUUAAAGAUUCCUCAGCUCCUGUGGAGGGAGGAGCGCAUUUAGAAGGGCUUGGAGAAAACAAGGUUGAUGCGAAAAGCGAAGAUAGAUUCAAGGACAAAGAUAAGAAAAGAAAAGAUUUGAAGCAUAGAGAAUGGGGAGACAGAGACAGCAAGGAUAGAAACGACCGCAGAGGAGGGUCUGUGCUUGUUAGCGAACCCAAAGAGAUUGGAAGAGAAACAGAGAGGUGGGAACGAGAGAGGAUGGAGCAGAACGAUCGAGAAAGGAGCAAGGAGAAGGAUAAAGAUCAUGUAAAAAGAGAGCCACGGACUGGUGGAGCUGAGAAAGAGGUCUCGCAGAACGAGAAAGAGCUGGGAGAAGCAUCUUCCAAGCCUGCAGAACAGGACCACGCGGCAGCACCUGAGCAGAAGAAGCAGAACGAACAGGAGGGCUGGGAGAAAGAUGAAAGAGAAUCGAAGGACAAGAGGAGAGAGAGGGAUGGUGACUCUGAAGCCGAAAGAGCUGAAAAGCGCAGCAGAGUCAAUGAGAAAGAAUCUGAAGAUGGGUGUUUGGAGGGUGAAGGGGGAGCUGCAGAGAGGGAAAAGGAUGCCUUCAACUGUGGAGUUCAGCAACGGAAGAGAAUGCUGAGACCGAGAGGAAGCCCACAAACCACAAACCGCGACCGUGUCCGUUCACGGAGUCAGGACAACGAAGGGGUACAAGGUAAAUCAUUCGUUGCUAUAUCUUCGAGCAAACCAGAGGUGCCGAUUGUUGUUUACAAAGUUGGGGAAUGUAUGCAAGAACUGAUUAAGUUGUGGAAGGAAUAUGAAUCAUCGCACCCUGACAAAAGUGGUGAUUUCGCAAGUAAUGGUCCCACUCUCGAAGUUCGGAUUCCAGCUGAGCAUGUUACUGCUACUAAUCGCCAAGUAAGAGGUGGCCAGCUAUGGGGAACAGAUAUAUACACAGAUGAUUCCGACCUUGUUGCUGUUCUCAUGCAUACAGGUUACUGUCGUCCCACAGCUUCCCCUCCUCCACCGACAAUGCAAGAGUUGCGUGCAACCAUCCGAGUCUUGCCGUCACAAGAAUACUACACCUCCAAGCUGAGGAACAAUGUUCGCUCUCGAGCAUGGGGAGCUGGAAUCGGAUGCAGUUACAGAGUUGAGAGGUGCUAUAUACUGAAGAAAGGAGGUGGUACUAUUGAACUCGAACCUUCUCUUACCCACUCCUCAACUGUUGAGCCAACACUUGCCCCAAUGGCUGUUGAGAGGUCUAUGACCACCAGAGCUGCAGCUUCGAAUGCUCUACGGCAACAAAGGUUUGUUCGAGAAGUAACAAUACAAUACAACCUCUGCAAUGAACCUUGGAUCAAGUAUAGCAUAAGCAUUGUGGCCGAUAAGGGUCUCAAGAAGCCUCUCUUCACCUCUGCCCGCUUGAAGAAAGGGGAAGUUUUGUACUUAGAAACACACUCAUGCAGGUAUGAGCUCUGUUUCGCGGGAGAGAAGACUAUGAAAGCAUUCCAAGCCUCACAACAACAACAACACUCGUCACAAGAAGCUAUGGAGAUCGAUAACAACAAUAACAACAAGUCGCAGAACCAUCUUCCUUCUUCAAACGGUGACAAAACAGAAUCAGACAACAGUAUAAUUGAUGUUUUCCGUUGGUCGAGAUGUAAGAAACCUCUCCCGCAGAAGCUUAUGCGGUCUAUCGGGUUUCCACUCCCACCAGAUCAUGUCGAGGUGUUGGAGGAGAAUCUUGAUUGGGAAGAUGUACAGUGGUCACAGACUGGUGUUUGGAUUGCUGGAAAAGAGUACACUCUUGCUCGCGUGCAUUUCUUGGCUCCCAAUUAAAUAAAAAAAACACUUUCAUGUUUAAUGUGUCUGUCUUUAUUUGAUCUUUAUCUACUGUUAAGACUUAAAGAGAUUAAUGGUUGCUUUGAUGUGUCUUGUGUUCUUCCUGUUUUUAUUUUUGUUUUGUAAACUUUUUUUUAAGUCGAAUGAUUUUAGUUGUUAAUUUUGUAAUAGAGAUAAUCAAAUCCAUUUGGAUA